UCGCUUUACGUCACUUCACAUCACAUCAUGUCUUCGGCUCCAAAGAAUCUCCCCUCUUCUUCAUCUUCUUCAAAAACCCCAAAAAUUCCCCCCUCUCAAAACCCUAACCCUAAUUCCAAUCCCGACCCUAAACCCAAACCCAGACCCAUCACGCUCUCUCAAGAAGACAUGGCUCUCGCACGCGCCUCCCACCUCACGCGCCACCAGCUCCUCCGACGGCGAGCCUUCCGCCUCGGGCAACUCUCCCGCUGCUAUAGAGACCACUACUGGGCUCUCAUGGAGGAGCUUAAGGUCCAGUACAAGCAGUACUACUGGAACUUCGGUGUCAGCCCUUUCAAAGAAAUUAAUUAUAAUAAUAAUGAGAAAAAUGUUAUUGAGGGCUCUGGUGAAAAUGUUAAUAAUAUUAUUAAUAAUAAUUGUGAGAAUAAUAAUACUAGUGGUAAUAAUAAUAAUAAUAUUAAUAAUAAUUGUAGAUGUUUGUUUGUGGGUUGUAAGUUGAAGGCCAUGGCUUUGACAAGCUUUUGUCAUCUUCAUAUUCUCUCUGAUUCUAAGCAGAAGCUCUACAAGCCUUGUGAUUACGUCAUCAAGAGUGCUCAGGCAGGACCAAUAACUUGUGGAAAACCAAUAUUGAGAUCCACUGUGCCUGCUCUCUGUACAGUUCAUUUUCAAAAGGCCCAGAAGCAUGUCACUAGGGCUCUGAAGAAAGCAGGUCUUAAUGUUUCCUCUUCAAGCAAGCUUGCCCCAAAGUUCCAUGUUGUAGUGGCUGAAUACAUUCAUCAAAUCCAAGCCAGAAGAAGAAAUGCCCUGAAGAAAAAUAAAACUAAAGUUGUCAUUAAAGAAGAAACUUAAAUGAGCCUCCUGGUUGGCGGUUGCAAACAUGACUAUAGGUCCAUGAGUGCCUAUGUAAAUUGAUGCAGAAAACUAAGGGGUGAGCAGAAUACCUGAUUAGAACUGUUCCUGUCAGGUACAUGUUGGUUCCGGUUCCAACUCGGAAGCAACAAAAAAGGGGCUCGAUUUGGGUCUGGAUUUGUGAAGAUAUUUGGUUAAGAAAGGGUUUUGCCCUCACAGUAAUGCAUUGGAGCUCUUGAUGAUGGGAUUGUUUGUCGGAGGAAGGUCAUUAUUCUAAUUGCAUUAAUUUCAUUAUAUGAAACCUCUAGGAAUAUUUUCGUUGCGUGGUGCCUUUAGUCUAACACAACAACAACCUAUAUGAAACCCUAUGGAAAAUGGUAUUAGUUUCAUAUUGUGUGAAGUUUCUGUUCCGGGUAGGAACUGGACCCUACCCAGAACCGACCUUAGUCAGUUCCGGUUUGGUUCUAUUUCCAGUUCUCUGUUUUUCAAUGGAGUACACGGACCCGCUCACCCACAAAUCCUUUUGUUUUUCUUAAUUUUACUUUUUUCCUUGACCUUUUUUUCAUAACAAAUUAACUCUACAAGUUCGAUAUUAAUUUUCAGAAAGUUUUAGAGUGGAAAUAACAUCAGAAAGGAACAAGUGUAAUGACAAUUCAAUUCUUGGUGAAAUUAAAAUGUAUUGGAUUUCAAUUGAGAAUAAGGAUAAAGAUAGAAAGCGAUGCAACUUUUGUUGUUGGUUUUGUGUGAAAAAUAAGAGAGCCUGACACCAUGAUGAUUGUUUGAUUUGAAAUCAGGGGGAAAAAGGAAAAUCAUUGUGUGGUCUGUAUGAUGGUUGCUGCUGUCUGAAAUAAUUAAAAGUAGCCAGCCAGCCAGUAUUUGUUUUCCGAAUGUUUAUAAUUGAUAAAACUUUGAUCUUAUGAGAAUGGAAGUCUUUCUAAUACUUAAAUGUUUUGGCUGUUAAGAGUAGAGAAUGCCUGGUUAUUUUUAGAUGAUCUUGCUUAAAACUUAGCCAUCAUGUUAGGCUUUGCACUGGCACUAGUUCUGGAAAAACUAGUUAUUGCUUAUUACUUUAUAGCAUGGUGGACCUGAGUGAAUUCACGUGUCAUGUUUUGACUAGAAGUUGAUUGGGUUAUAGACUUUUCCACAUAGAGUUGAAAGUGAAUUCAUUGAGCUUUUUCCAUGCCGUAUAACCUUUUUCUUUUUUUUAUUGUCUUAAUUUUCUAAUAGGCCGAGACGCAUUCUUUAACUGAUUUGGAUGUUUGAUGCAUCCAUGUGUAUGAUCAACUUGUCUGCUUAAAUGUUCUUGGUUGCCCCCACGUUUUAAUCUAGUUCGUUGCUUAGAGUAGUUUAAUUGGCCUUUAACUGGGAAUGACUUACAUGAGGUUUACCGUUCAUUUG